AUGAUUUCAUCACCAAAAGAGAUCGAGGCUACACUCUCGUCCUCCCCUAUCUCAUCCAAUGCGUCAGAUCGAGACGAGAACUAUGAGUUCUUCAAACAGCACCGGGGACUGGAAUACGCUCCAGAGGAAGCCAAAAGGGUCUUACGGAAGAUUGAUCUUCAAUUAAUUCCACUUUUAUUUGUCAUAUACAUGUUGCAGUAUCUGGACAAGAAUAGCAUCAACUUCGCGUCCGUGUAUGGUCUCAAGAAGGGAACCAACCUGAAAGGGCAGGACUAUUCGUGGCUUGGCUCGAUCUUUUACUUUGGAUAUUUGAUCGCGCAAUGGCCCGCCGGACUGGCAUUGCAGAAGCUCCCCAUUGGCAAAUUUCUUGCAGCCACUACAAUAGUAUGGGGCGGUCUCCUCAUGACCACGCCGGCGUGCCACAACUUCGCCGGAAUCGCAAUCAACCGCUUCCUCCUCGGCUUGGUCGAAGCAGUCGUCAACCCGGGGUUCGUACUCUUAAUGAGCAUGUGGUACACAUCGAAGGAGCAGCCUCUGCGACUGGAAGCCUACUAUUGCACGAAUGGAAUAGCCACGAUGUUUGGAGGAUUGAUCGGUUACGCCGUCGGACACAUCUCAACCGGCCUGCCAAGAUGGAUGUACGUCUUCCUCAUUUUCGGUGCCUUCUCCAUCACCACCGGCAUCCUGGCCCUGUGGCUUCUGCCAGACCUCCCGUCGACGGCCAAGUUCCUCACUGAGCGCGAGCGAGCCAUUGCCGUCGAUCGUGUUGCGGUUAAUCGGCAGGGUGUGAAGAACCACCAGUUCAAGUGGGAUCAAGUAUGGCAGGCAGCGCGUGAUCCCAAGACGUGGUUAUUGUUUAUCAUGGCCAUUGCUGCGCAAGUACCGAACUCGGCUCUGACGAGUUUCACUUCCAUCAUUGUAGGCUCCUUCGGUUUCGACACCCUAGGAACCCAAUACCUCCAGAUCCCCGGCGGCGCCGUGCAAUUCCUGACUCUGCUAAUAGGCGGGUUUAUUGCAACCCGCUACGGUAGCAAGUUCCACUCGCGCAGCGCGUGCAUGCUCUUUGCCAACACGGUCUGCAUCCUCGGGUCCGCGCUGCUCGUCGGGCUGCCGCAGUCCAACAAAUGGGGCCGGCUGGUGGCUCUGUGGUUAUGCUAUUUCCAGGGUCUGGGGUUCAGCAUGAGUCUGACGAUCGUUAGCUCCAAUAUCGCUGGGUACACUAAGAAGCAGGUUACCGGGUCGUUGUUGUUCACGGGGUAUUGUGUGGGAAAUAUUAUUGGGCCGCAGACUUUUAAAGAGAGGGAGGCGCCGGGGUAUCAUAGUGCUUAUGUUGCGAUGUUGGUGGGCUACUCGGUCAAGUUGCUCGCUAUCACGGUAUUGUACCUCUACAUGUACUUUGAGAAUCAGCGGCGAGACCGUGAGGCACUCAGCAGCGAGAGUGUCGAGGAAGAGGGCGUUGAAAAUGGGAUGCGGGACAAAACGGAGAUCGACAAUAAGGCGUUCAGAUAUGUGCUCUAG